CCUCUCUCCCGCCCUCCAGCUCGCCGCGCGCUCGGAAGGUGGCGUUGCGCAACGGACUCGCCGCUUGAACGGCUUGAAGGUGAUUGGCCACCAAAGGCUGCCCGUCACACCAAGCUUGAGUCCGCCCACGGGAGCGGUGACGUGUUUCAGUAUCGCCCGGGGAACAAAACGGAGGCCGGGCGUGAGUGUCGCCCAUGCUUUGCGUCAUGAGCGGGGUGUGGGAUUUGCAUUAAGCUGAGAGUUCCAACUGUAAUUGGGUAAUUACUACUGAAAGUAGCAAGAUGGCAGCAAACCCUCCAGGUCAAGGACUGGUGCUGCUGAUGAUGAUAUACUCAUGCACAAAGCUGGGAACAAAGAAGGCAUCUGUCUUGGGUGACAGCAUCAUAGGUUUUAUUCUACAUGUGACCUUCCUGUUUUCAGAAUAAAAAUAGGGUUGCAAUCUUGGCAGAACUAGACAAGGAGAAGAGAAAAUUACUUAUGCAAAACCAGUCUUCCACGAAUCACCCUGGAGCCAGCAUUGCACUUGCAAGAUCUUCCCUUAAUAAGGAUUUCCGGGAUCAUGCUGAGCAGCAGCACAUAGCAGCACAACAAAAAGCAGCAUUACAGCAUGCACAUGCACAUUCUUCAGGAUAUUUCAUAACCCAAGACUCUGCAUUUGGAAAUCUUAUUCUUCCUGUCUUACCUCGACUAGAGUCGGAAUGAGGGCUGUUAUUUCUCAGAAUGAAGGAGAUGGAUAUGUUGUCCAUUGUCGAAGCUGCCAUCUUUCAGAACUACUUUAUAUGAUUUGGAAAACAGAUUGUGAGCUGUUUAAAAAAAAUUUUUUUUUAUAUUUGACCUUUUUAUUUAAAAAAAGCCUGUUUCAUUCUGGAUUCAUAUGCUUGUCUUCCAUGGUUGAGUCUGGCUUCACCUGAGAAGAGGUGCUGUAGAUUAUUAUGGAACUGACAGUAUUCUUCUUUACUUAAAUUUCUUUUGUCAGCUCAGAGUAAGACUAUUCGCCUGACAUAUCACUCCUACAUUUUAUUUUUCUGAUUUCCUCUCUUCUUUCAUUCAGUUCGAAAGGACGCCCCACCCAGAAUUUGAGACGCUUGUUCUAAUCUGCAUUUCUAAAGUAUCUGUCAUAGUAUCUAUGUACUGUACUUGACCUUAAUGAAAGCAGACAAAGUUGUCAUUGUCUAUCCUAAGACAGACAUGGAUUCAGUCACUUUCAUUCGCUCUGUGCAGGAACAUUAGUGCACCCUAAUGUUUUUUAUGUUUAGUCUUCGUAACAGUAUCCUGGUUUCCCAGGUAGUUAGAGAUACUAUGUGCUAUUGUCAGUUUUAGAGUAUAUAAAACCUAACUAUUAACCUUGUGAACAAAUAAUCUUGUUUGUGUCCAAUUAUCCUCAUCUUUUCUAGUGACAUGGGGUAAAAAUUCCCAAAGCAUUUAAGUCCCAUGAAACUUAUCAUAGGUUACUUAGGCACUUUUGAAAAUGUUACCCAUAAAAGUUCAAGAUCUGCCCGUGAAUUCAAAAUGUCACGCUGUUAGGGUUUUGUUCUUUCAGUGCCUUUGAAAGUGUGUGUUUGUGCUGCCCAAGUCAAAGUUUAGAUUCUGUCUCUGUAAAUCCUUUUCCAGGCUCAUUUCAAUUCUGGCAUUUCAGCCCUAGGCUGAAGCUUGGCAUCAAAGUCUGUUGGUUGGAUAAAUUACUUUGGAAGCAGAACAAUACUGGAAUAAAGACACUUAUUUUGGAAUAGAGUUUGCACAAUACUGGUGUAGCUUUAUUGGUAUAGUUAUACUGCUAUCGUUCUGCUGGUCAGUUUUCCCAUGUAGACCAACUGUGUGGGAUAUUGGUGCCAAGGAGCUUAAAAAAAAAAAAGAAAGUAGUGAAGAUCUGGGCUUGGACUCUGCUAGUGCACUCCCAUAUAUUAUACUGGUGCCUAUCUUAUUCUCCAAAAUCUGAGCUUUCAUUUAAAAAAAAAAAGUCAUUAGCUAUUGUGGUUGUAAAGAAAACUUCAAAAAUGUGAACAGAGUAUAAGUGAUGCAGAGGUGAGUGCAGGGAGCUGGGACCAAUAGCUUAGAACUGCUCUACUCAUCACAGGGAGAGGUUAACUCAGGUGCCCCAGUGAUAAUGACUUAAAUCUCAAUGUUUCAGUUUUCAUGUAUGAGAAAGAAGAGGGAGAGUCACUGAUCUGCACAGUUUGCAGCAAGUACCACCUCGAAUUGGUACCACAAGAAUGUGGUGUCUAAAAUACCAUUUUUCAUUUAUCUCUGUGAAGGAGCCUAGCCAAGGAACAUAGCACAAACAGUGGGCAUAUUGAAGUCCCAGCAAAGUGAAGCCAUGCUCCAGGAGCCCAGUGGAAUUCAGCUGUACAGUCAUAUUUUGACUAGCUGCACAAUCUACUAUGAGCAGAAUCUCACUUUGAUGACUGAAAUGUGUGGGGUUUAUUUUGCGGGUAGAACUUGGAAGAAUAUCCCCCUUUUCCACACACACACGCUUCCCAUUCCUGGUGAUGGCUAUUAUGUGACUCUAUCUUUAAAACUUGCUUUACUUUACAAAUGGAAACUUCCAGCUCCUGUUCUACAACAUGAGCCAAAUGGCUGUGGGUGUGUUGAAAAAGUUGACACUCAUGAAUCUCAGUGUGGAGAACAUCAAAUAUUUCACCACAAAUGGUCAAAAUGUGGAAUCUUACUUAAAUGGCAACUACCAGACCCAAAUAUCCAGGAUUCAGAAAUGUAAAACAAGGAGAUGGAUUUUAGCUUCAUAGUUAAGAGUAGGGUUUUGUGGAGGAGGGGAAGGGUUCGCCUGCCCCAGCCACCAGCUUCUCAAUAGAAAAGAAUUGAAAGAUAACUUUUCAGAGGUCUCAUAUAGGCUACAGAUUAUAAGUGGUACAAGCACCAAAACAAGCAAGACCCUCACCUUGUCUAAAUCAGCAUAGGUCCAGUGAAGAUGGACCUAUGCCCAUUUACACUAGCUGGGGCUCAGGCCCAGCAUACGGUGGAAUAUUCAGCUAGUUACAGAAGAAUUUGCAAUAGGAGGAAGAGAACCUAGGCUCAAAGGUGGAAGAAUUUUAAAAAUACUCCCAAUGUGGAGAAGCUGGAAGGGUAUUUUUAAGCUAUAAUGCUUAUAACUGUUCUGUGUAAUUGCAAGGGACUUGGUAAUACAUCUAGGUAUAAUUAACUGUCAACGAUACAAAUAGUGUAUGUGGAAGCUUCUGUCUGUGAAACCAGAGUCUAGCAAUUAGUGUCAUAUGCCUCAAUUUGUCUUACCACACUUACCUUUUCCUUUCCACUAUUAAUCAGCAUUAAACUAAUUCAUACAUCACCUAUACAGUCAUCUAAGCAGCAGUCUUUCAUACUGAAAUUGUAUGUUCAAAUGAUUAACAAUUGUAAUCACCCCAACCAACACCACUUGCUUGGGCUUCAUAAGAUGCCUCUAUACAGGAGGAAAAUCUAGUGGUCAGACUUCUGCUGAUAUCCAUUACUGUGCUCAUGCAUACAAGCCAUGUUUUUCCAUCUAUUAUGUAUCUCUGUAUUUAAACAUAUCUGGAACAGUGAUAUUUACACAAGAACCCUGUUAAUCAAAUCGCUAUAAUACCUGUUGCCCACCUGUAUGCCCAGGACAGAUUCUGACUUCACGUGGGUAUACA